AUGAUGCAGCGGCUUGUGCGAUGUACUGGACAGCGUCGUGCGCAUGCGUCUGCCAUGCUAAGCGCUUCUCAUCGCGUCAUAUUGACUACCAAGUUAUCUACUUUGUCUUCUGUAUCCGAACUAUCUCCCAUCUUUGUUAAGGUAGGGCGUAAUCUCCCGCUUAAAGUCGUGCCACGAGCUGAACGACAAGCAGCGCGCGAUGCCGCUAAACACUCAACGAAUGUCCUUGAGCAUAAGGUCGUGCGCACAUCAUCACUUCCUGCUCGAAUCUCACUUGCAUUAUUAGCUGGAAGUAUCUCUGGUUCUAUUCUAUGGCAUUUUAUACUUGAUGAUAGGCUCAAGACACGCAUGAAAGAGACGUUGGGUGCCACGUUUCUUGGAGAUAUUUAUGUGUUUAUAGCAAAGAAGAUACAGGAGACAGUCAAGCCUUUUACUGAUCCAUCAAGACAGAAGCUAUUACCAGAUUGGCCAAUUCCUCAAGUGCCAGCUAACACGCCACCGGUCCCUGUAUUAGUGCUGGACUUGGAAGAUACACUUGUACACUCUGAAUGGAGCCGAAAGCAUGGUUGGCGCCAUGCCAAGCGUCCAGGUGUGGACGAGUUUCUGGAAACUCUGUGUCAGUACUAUGAGAUUGUGAUUUUCUCGCAAAACUAUGGAGCAGAGGAGAUUGCACAGAAGCUUGACCCGAAGCAGUGUGCAUUGCACGUGCUGUCGCGCGAUGCCACGCGCUAUCUAAACGGUGCUCAUGUAAAGGACCUGUCCAACUUGAACCGUGAUUUACGUCAGGUGGUGAUUCUGGAUGAUGACCCGGCGGCGUAUCAAUUGCAGCCGGAGAAUGCUAUUCCUGCAUUGGCGUCAGAGCGUGUCCCUGAUUUUCGAGAUAUUAUCAACGAGUUUCGUGACAAUGACGGCGUUGUUCGCGAUCUUGCCUCCAAAUACGGCGCCCGUUUGCACCAGCUUGAGCUGCAAAAAGAAGAAAAGAAGAAGAAGGGCUUUGGUGGCUUUGUUCGUGGACGGUUGUCACAUCAUCCUGCACCACAGACUGGAGGUGUUGCUGGGGCUAGCGGUCUUUCCAGCGGCCCGCUUAAGUGA